AGACAGCCUGCAGGCUGAGAGAGCCACAGCUGCUGCUUACUGCUGCUUGCGUCCACCCGCAGGCUCCGGGCAGGAAGAUUCCUUCUCUUCUCUCCUCCAAGGUCCAGCGACAAAGCCAGCGCGUAGCGCCACCAUGCGGCAGAAGGUGAUAUCGAUCUUCUUGUGCUACCUGCUACUCUACACCUGCGGCGGGGUAGAAGCACACACAAGAAAAGACUCCGAGGACAGCAACUCCGGAUUCUUGGAGGCCCUGCCCUACGUAGCAGCCGGAGGAGUGGCCCUGGCCUUAGGUCUGCCCGCUGUGGGCUUCACCGCUGCCGGCAUCGCUGCCAACUCGUGGGCAUCCUGGCUGAUGAGCUGUUCGGCUGUGGCGAACGGGGGUGGUGUGCCCGCAGGAGGGCUGGUGGCCACGCUGCAGAGUUUGGGAGCUACUGGUGGCAGUACCAUCAUGGCCAAGAUUGGUGCGUUUCUAGGCUACGUAACCUACAAGCAUCAAAAGAACCAGAAGUCGAAGGAAGAGGAGUAGUCAGAAGCUCCCAGGUCAAUCAUCCUUGCCAUCUUUCUCCCUGUUACACUCCAGGUUUCUCUGUUACACUUGUGGGUGAGCGGGGAGAACAAGAAAAUAAACUUCUCUCGAAAAACA